AUGGAGGAGAUUCGCGCGAAGAUGAAAAGCGGUGCGAAUGAUUUGCAGACGAAGAUGAAGGAUCUCUCGAAGGGCAUUCUGACGGUGUCGGAAGAAGCGAAAAUGAGAGAGCUCGAAGAGAAGCGGCGAGCAACAACCGAGAAGGUUAAUGGAGCGAUUGGAAAAGCGGCCGAGGAGAAAGCCCGUUGGAAGGCGUCACGUGAUGCGGACGCCGAGCGCGAAUAUGCACGAAUUGAAGCCGAAAAACAUUUGAGACGAAAAAAAAUAAUCAUUGAUAAGCCGCUGAACGACGAUGAGGCGAAACCGGAACCGAAACGGACGAUUCGACGAUGGAAACCGCCGCCGCCGGAUCCGAACGCGAAUAUUCCAUCGUUUUCAACGGGACCGAAAGAAUUUGUGAAAGCGACGCCGAAGACGUCGGGAUCGAAGCCGACGACGCCAAUCGCGGCGAGAAGGGCGGUCGAAAGCGCGACGAAGACCAGCACGGCGGCCGCUGGAAAUGAGGAAGUUGGUGCGACGAAGGGUGUGAAGGCCGAAGGCGCGGCGGCGACGAGAAUUCGGAAUAAUGCGACUGCUGCUGCAGCGGCGGCGGCGGCUUCUUCUGCCACCGGAGCGGUGCCUUCUGAGAAGUCCGGCUCGCGGCGAUACAGUGCGAGACGGAAGACGCAGGAGAUUGUGAAUGAAUCGGUCGUGCAGCCCAAGACAAAGCGGCGAAAAUCGGCGUCGCGAAAAAAGCGAUUCGUGCGAAACGAGAAGGAUAUCGAUGUGUUGCUCGGCAUCGCUCAGAGGAUCACUUUUGAGCAGCUUGAAUUGAUGUAUGAGCAAGCGUCGCGCAAUCGUCGGACCAUCGAGGAGACCCGACGGAAGAUUCGCCGUCUGAUGCCCUCGCGUGUGUUCAUCAGCGAUCUAACGGACAUCGACAAAAUCUACAAAUCGUCGGAGAUUCGAGACAUCAUCGCCUCAGUUAAUUUAUGCUAA